AUGAGAUACUAUUUGUUUUUUGGUAUAUUAUUUUUUAUUAAACAAGUUUAUUUUUUGAAUUGUUCCGGAACUUCAGAAACUUCAGAAACUCAGGAAGAUGAUCAGGCUCAUUUGGUUAUUAUUGAAGGUCUAGCUGAAUUGUUGAGACAUAGACAAGAUACAGGUUCUUAUGUUGAAUCUGAGCAAGAAUCCUCAACUGACGUUAAUCAAUCAAAUUCGGAUAUAGAUUAUUCAAAUCUCCAGUUUGACGUAGUUUUGGUUGGUAACGAUGGCCAACAAAGCUAUGCGACAUUAGAUAACAAUAUUGUGAACCUGGCACCUGUAGCUAGUCAAGUUCAGGUUCCAACGCCAAUGCCAAUGCAAAGAAUUAACCAAGGGAUACAAUUCGGCCAUAGUGGAAGAUUACAAUGGAUAGGUGGGCCUGUUAACUUUGAUAAUAUGGUUGACUGCAAGUUCUACCGUCAAAAUCCAGGGUUCUGUGUGCCUAUGUCUUUAUAUACUCCUUGUUCACGAUGUAAGGCACGUGUAAGAACUAUUUUUAGAACUAGUUAUAAGGUUAGAUGCCCUGGUCAGGAUUCAUUCCCAGCACAGCUAAGGCCCUAUUUUGCCUGGGUACCAACCAGCCAUAGAAACCCAAAAAGAGAAAAAGGAAUAUUUUCUAGAUGGAGACGUCAAUUUAUGUGCGUUGUAAUGGCAUUAUCUGAUAUCCCAAGCGAUGUUACCAGAUUUUGGCAACAUUCACAAAUUUCUUUUGAUUCCGCAGAUGAGACGCCUCAGUAUGUUCCUUUACUUCUUGGGCCAUACGGGGAUCAGUCUACUUCAUUCGGGUAUACUGCAGGCUCAAACUUCUUUGCUUCUGCUGGAGGCGGCUCUCGAAAUGCAAAUUAUUAUACUCGAAAUCAAAAUCUAGAUGGAGUAAACUCCUAA